CCGCGCACGUUCCCUUCAGAAAAAGAAAUGGCAGCCAGUGCUGCCCUGUGCUCUCUCUCUAUAAAUAAGGCCACUCAACCGUCUUCCUGAACUCGCGUGUAGCCUUUUGAUACUCUCUUCAACUGCACUAUCUCUCUCUGUGGAAUCGUUGAGGAAAAUGGCAUCUCACAUUGUUGGAUAUCCUCGUAUGGGGCCAAAAAGAGAGCUUAAGUUUGCUCUGGAAUCUUUCUGGGAUGGCAAGAGCAGUGCCGAGGAUUUGGAAAAGGUCUCUACAGACCUGAGAGCAUCCAUCUGGAAGCAGAUGUCAGAUGCAGGGAUCAAGUACAUUCCGAGCAACACGUUCUCUUACUAUGACCAGGUGCUUGAUGCAACUGCAAUGCUUGGAGCUGUUCCCCCCAGAUACAAUUGGAAUGGUGGGGAAAUUGACUUUUCCACUUACUUCUCUAUGGCCAGAGGAAAUGCCUCUGUUCCUGCUAUGGAAAUGACAAAGUGGUUUGACACCAACUACCACUACAUUGUCCCUGAAUUGGGACCUGAUGUGAAGUUUUCUUAUGCUUCACACAAGGCUGUAAAUGAAUACAAGGAGGCUAAAGCGCUGGGUGUUGACACUGUUCCCGUCCUUAUUGGCCCUGUCACAUACUUAAUACUCUCAAAGCCUGCCAAGGGUGUUGAGAAAACAUUUCCCCUUCUUUCUCUUCUAGAUAAAAUUCUUCCUAUCUAUAAGGACGUUCUCUCUGACUUGAAAGCUGCAGGUGCUUCAUGGGUCCAGUUUGAUGAGCCCACUCUUGUUUUGGAUCUUGAUUCCCAACAAUUGGAAGCCUUCACCAAGGCCUAUGCUGAACUGCAAUCAUCUUUAUCUGGUCUAAACGUUUUAAUUGAGACAUACUUUGCUGAUGUCCCUGCUGCUGCAUUCAAAACACUCAUCUCCUUGAAUGGAGUAACUGGUUAUGGUUUUGAUUUGGUUCGUGGAGGUAAAACUCUUGAUUUGAUCAGGAGUGAGUUUCCUUCUGGAAAGUACCUAUUUGCAGGAAUAGUUGAUGGGAGGAACAUCUGGGCCAAUGAUCUGGAUGCUUCUCUUGUUACCCUGCAGUCUCUUGAAAGCCUUGUUGGAAAGGACAAACUUGUUGUGUCCACCUCAUGCUCACUUCUACAUACUGCUGUUGAUCUUUCAAAUGAGCCAAAGCUGGAUGCUGAAAUCAAGUCUUGGCUUGCAUUUGCUGCACAAAAAGUUGUUGAAGUAAAUUCCCUAGCCAAGGCAUUGGCUGGAGAGAAAAAUGCGGAUUUCUUUUCUGCUAAUGCUUCAGCCCAGGCUUCUAGGAGAUCCUCCCCAAGGGUGACUAAUGAAUCUGUACAGAAGGCUGCUGCUGCUUUGAAGGGUUCUGAUCACCGUCGUGCUACAAAUGUUAGUGGUAGGCUUGAUGCUCAGCAGAAGAAGCUCAACCUUCCAAUCCUCCCAACAACCACCAUCGGUUCCUUCCCUCAGACUAUUGAGCUCAGGCGGGUGCGGCGAGAGUACAAGGCCAACAAAGUCACGGAAGAGGAAUAUGUCAAGUCUAUCAAGGAAGAGAUCAGCAAAGUUGUCAAGCUCCAGGAAGAGCUCGAUAUUGAUGUUCUUGUUCAUGGAGAACCAGAGAGGAAUGAUAUGGUGGAGUACUUUGGUGAGCAACUGUCCGGUUUUGCCUUCACUUCCAAUGGAUGGGUACAGUCAUACGGUUCUCGCUGCGUGAAACCACCAAUCAUCUUUGGUGAUGUGAGUCGCCCCAAGCCAAUGACUGUCUUCUGGUCCACUGCUGCCCAGAGCAUGACCAAGCGUCCGAUGAAAGGAAUGCUUACUGGGCCCGUUACCAUUCUCAACUGGUCCUUUGUAAGAAAUGACCAACCAAGGUUUGAAACCUGCUACCAGAUUGCUUUGGCUAUUAAGGACGAAGUAGAGGAUCUCGAGAAGGCUGGCAUUAACGUGAUCCAGAUUGACGAGGCUGCAUUGAGAGAAGGGUUGCCUCUCAGGAAAGCCGAGCACGCCGUCUACUUGGACUGGGCUGUCCAUGCUUUCAGGAUUACCAACUGCGGUGUCCAGGACACGACUCAGAUCCACACCCACAUGUGCUACUCCAACUUCAACGACAUCAUCCAAUCCAUCAUCAACAUGGAUGCUGAUGUGAUCACGAUUGAGAACUCGCGGUCGGACGAGAAACUCCUGUCAGUGUUCCGUGAGGGAGUCAAGUACGGGGCUGGCAUUGGACCCGGCGUGUACGACAUCCACUCCCCUAGAAUACCUUCGACAGAGGAGAUUGCGGAUAGAAUUAACAAGAUGCUUGCGGUGCUGGAUACCAACAUCCUGUGGGUGAACCCGGACUGUGGCCUCAAGACUCGCAAGUACACGGAAGUGAAGCCGGCCCUCGAAAACAUGGUUGCUGCCGCUAAGCAAAUCCGCGCCAAACUUGGCAGCGCCAAAUGAGAGAGAGAGAGAGAUCUCUCUCUAUAUAUAUAUAUUUACAGGCUUAGAGGCUUGUUUUUCACUCAAACUUCAUUCAAUCACUUAUAUCUUUUUAUCUCCCAUCUCAUAAAAUUAGUCGGUCUUGUUUGUUGCCUUUGGUGUUUAUUUUGUACGUUUUGAAAUCUUGUUAUGUAUUCUUGCUAUCCUUGAAAUUUUGGGCUUGUUUUCUUUAUGUUGAGAAAAUGUUUCAGGUAAAAGAUUCAAUAUAUUAAAAUAUUUGCCCUAUUAUUUAUUA